GAUUAUUUAAAUAGAAUCACAAUCGAGACCGGAGAUCCAUCGACGGGCGAAAACCGCCGCAUACGUGCGCUGGUGGGCGAACGUGACAGGGCCUUACAGGAGCUGAGGGAGCAAAGAGAUGAUCUGGAGCGUAGCGUGGAGAGCCUCCGGGCAUCGUUCAGAAAACAUCAAGCAAAUGCUGAGAAAAAUAGUGAGGAGAUUUGGAAUCUGGAGUGCGCACUUCAAGAACUACGGGAGAAACUGAACAAAGCGAACUCAUCCACACAGAGAGCGGAAGCGGAGAAUAAGCGCACGCUAAAACAGCUUGUCUCUGCCCAAGAAACCAUAAAUUCACAGAGGGACGAGACAGAACAGCUGCAAAGCUUUUUGGACAAUAUGAAAUCCAAGCAUGAGGUUGAUAUU